AUGGUGGCCAUCACUCAUACCAUCGUCGCCCUGGGCGCUUGGCUCAACCUCGCAGCGGCAACGAUCUCGCGUCUGGAAGCUGCUCAUAUUCCACGAACGCUUGAGUAUGUGGUCAAGCCGAAAGUGGUCAUUAUAUCUAUGUUCACCCCAGAAGCUGAAGUCUGGUACGGCAUCGAAGAGUUCAACCUACUAGGUUUGAACAUCACAGUGCCUGGCCUAUCACCACUCUUCCCGAACGUCCACUGCACCGCCGAUGGCGACGUUUGUCAGGUCAUCACAGGAGAAGGCGAAAUCAACGCCGCAACCACAAUCGCCUCCUUCGUCCGCUCUCCUCGCUUCGACCUGACAACAUCCUACUUCAUGAUCGCCGGCAUCGCCGGCGUGAACCCAGAAGUCGCCACGAUCUGCUCCGUCACUUUCGCCCGCUACGCAGUCCAAGUCGCGCUCCAAUACGAAUUCGAUAUCCAUGAGUACCCACAAGACAUCUACGGCACCGAAGUCUUCGAAGUCAACCAGAACCUCCAACACCUCGCCGCCUCAUUUGCGAGGACCGCAACUCUAAACGACAGCUCGAACGCCAUAGCAUACCGCGCCCAUUACGCCGCCUCACCCGCCUACACAGCCGCCACCCUCGGCCCCUCCAUCAUCGAAUGCGACGGCGCCACCUCAGACGUCUACUACAGCGGCUCCCUCCUCUCCAGCGCUUUCAGCAACUACACCACGCUCCUCACCAACGGGAGCGGGACCUACUGCACCACGUCGCAGGAAGAUAGCGCCACUCUUGAAGCCUUGACACGCGCGGCUGUCGACAACGUCGUGGAUUUCUCACGCAUAAUCAUCAUGAGAACUGUAUCAGAUUUCGAUCGUCCGUACCCCGGUGAGGCGGCGACGACGAAUUUGUUCUAUGCCGAGCAGGGCGCUUUCGAGCCUGCUGUGAAGAAGUUGUAUUUGGCGGGUGUGAAGGUUAUCGAGGGGAUUUUGGAGGGGUGGAAUGGGACGUUUAAGCGUGGGGUUGAGGCUGGGAAUUAUGUCGGUGAUAUUUUUGGGACGUUGGGUGGGAUGCCGGAUUUUGGGCCGUAUGCGCGUGAGAGGAAGCAAGUCCUCACGAAACGGAGUGCGAAGGCAAGGAGAGGCGGUGUCAAGAUCCGACACUCAGCAUAG